AUGUCACUGCGUCGUAACCCAACGCAAAAGAUAUGCAUACUUUCCAAGAUUACCCGUCGCAGUUAUUCCUCGCUUCCUAGACCGUACCGCUUUCACGUCGGGGCCAGCUGGGCGGGCAAGCCGCCAGAUCCACAAAUGCGUCGUUUCAAGACAAAGCCCUUCGCACCGGACAGCGACAUUGGCCAGUGGAGAGACCACCUGAUCGCUAAAUAUCACUCACCUGUGGGCAACCAUAUCGGCGAGGAUUUCUUCUACGUACAGGACGGCGUGUCGUUCGGCGUAGCGGAUGGUGUCGGAGGCUGGGUUGACUCCGGAGUGGAUCCUUCACUAUUCUCGCAAGCCUUGAUGUAUCACGCCCAUCGCUAUUCAAAGGCCGCAUGGGCAGGAGAACCAGAAACCGAUCCUAUCCAGGAGGCGGAAGAAAGACAGCAGGUAGAGGGCUGGGAGCUGAGUCCGGCGGAGUGUCUGGAGCUUGCGUAUGGGGGUGUACUGCGUGAACGCGGCGUCAAAGCAGGCUCUAGUACUGCCUGCUUGCUCACACUGAAUGCUGCGUCCGGGGUACUUCGAGCCGCCAACUUAGGUGAUAGCGGCUUCUCUAUAUUCCGCUCAUCGAACGUGGUCCACCAGCAGCGCUCACAGCAGCAUUUCUUCAAUUGUCCAAAACAGCUAUCCAAACUACCACAGGGUACGCCAGGUUUCUCUCGAGCCGUGAUCGACUCUCCUCGUGAGGCCGACACUUUCGAAACCAAGCUGCGAGACGGUGACAUCGUCAUUGCAUACAGUGAUGGUCUUGCGGAUAAUGUCUUCCCCGCGGAGAUGAAUACGAUAUGCACGCUUGUUUCGCGGCAAUAUACCAAUUCUGCUCCGCCGCCGAGUCCACAGCAGGAAGGCGAUACCGAUGAGAAACAAGCAGUACAGGAUGUCUCGGACGAUGAGCUGGUACAAACGAUCGCCGAGCGAUUAGUGGAGUAUGCUAUGGCGUGUAUGAAAAAGAAAAAUCGCGCGAGUCCCUUCGAGCGAGCCGCGGCAAGGGAAGGCAUGUACUUCCGUGGUGGAAAAGAAGACGACGUGACGGUUGUCGUUGCACUUGUCAAGGAGACAUGA